CCAAUGCUAGAUGAAGCCACCAUUAGUUUUAUUGUUUUGUGAGUGACCACUGUUAAGAGCAUAGUUGUCACUGUCUCCCUGCACUACAUUUUCUUUUGACUUCACUGUUUUCAUCUCCUUUGCCAUUACAAACACUUCAUUCAUUUGCUGAUGUGGAUUGUAGUCCCAUAGGGUUUAGGUCCAGACUAUAUGAACAGGGUUAUCACUAGAGUAGAGCAACUCUAAAAUUUAAAAAGCACAAAAAUCUACCGGUGACUGAGAAGAAGGUAAACACCAAUACUUCUCAAUCCUAGUCAUUUCCCUUUAUUAAAAAAGCACAAACUUUUAUAACUCUCUUCAUCAGAUUCCACAUUCUUUUUCUUGUAUGUGUGCGUGUGUGUGUGCGUGCGUGGCCACAGGUGUGGUUGCCUGGCCCCUAAAGCAGAGUGGGUGGCAGAUGGUACGGCUUGCCAGAAGGGUCAAAAUGGAUCAUUAUGGCUCUGUAUUUUUCUGUGCAAGCCUGCCCAGACUCAGAUCUUCUGUGGAAGUCCAUCCUUCAGUCCCACCACUAUCACAGGAAUGCUAAGUAAAAGCACGAGAGGAGGGCUUUCUCAAAGGCUGCUGCCAUGCUUUGGAACCCCUUGCUGAAAGAGGCUGCUUGGCCCCCUCCCUCUUGUCCGUUGGCUGGCAGGCAAAGACCUGUUUAUUUAGCCAGUCUUCAGCAGUUGACUAACUUGCUAAGUAGAGCGCUCUUAAUGGAUUGUUCCUGGAUUCCUGCACACGCACUUUUUUUUCUAAAGCAAGAUUUAAUACUGCUUUUUAAUUCAAUCGUGUUUUAAUAUUAUAACUUGUUUAAGUGCGCUUAACAAUUUGGCAAACACAAAAAGAAAUGCAGGAAAGAGAGGACUGCAUGGCUGAAGAACCUGGGGGAGACGUCUGGAUGCAGUGCAAUGUCAUUGUUUAGAAUUGCCCUUUACAAAAAAAAAUGUUUAUGUAGUUAUGAUGAUGUCUAACAUCGAGUAGAAAUGAGAGAAGAGGAAAGAGAUGCAUUUUAGAGUUACAAUUUUGGGUCUAUUAUUGCAUGUACAUAUUUUAUCCUUUUAUAUGUGUACCUGUUUUUAGGGCAAUAAUAAAUAAGUAGUUUGUGAACACUGGUAGCACAAGAAAGUGUGUUGGUCUGUAAGGUGCCACAACAUUUCUCAUAUAUUUUGAUGACUUUAAAGGGAUUGGUUUGCAAUUCGAUCAUCCUAGUCCAAGUCCAUCUAUUAUACUGUGCAAAUGUUAUGAUCAGUUUUGCUUUUAUGUGCUUUGUUUCCACCACAAGUUCGUGUGCUUGCACCUAACCUAGGUAUACUUCCCAUUUUAUUUUUAAGUAUUCAUGUGAUGCAUGCAGCAUUUCUUGCAUGACUUCCAAAUUGGCUGGUGUUAUUCAUAAUAUCUAACAGAUUCCACUUCUCUGUGCCUCCUUUCUGAACGAAUUCAACCACUGGAACUCCUCGUAUCUCCGUCUUUUCCCUCUCCCGCUCCUUCCCUUCACCCUUACUUGUUUUUCUUGGCCUCCCCCCCCCUUCUCUUCUAGAAUGGGCAGCUUCCCAACUAGCCAACAGAAAAUAAAGAAAUAUUCAAACUCUCUCCUUCACAACACCACCCAGUUCUUCGUUUCCAUGGAUCCCCCAAUGCCCUUCUUAGCUUGGUCAUUCUGCCCCUCCCAGGCACCUGUUGGGGGCUCAUAUAACCCGCCCUUCCCUGUCCCUUAGCACCGGCUCCCACGGGAUCCUUCUAGACAACAGCAGGUACCUGUGAGGGCGAACAAUUCAACAACAAACAGCCUGUUGAAGCCAGAGGGAAGAGAAGGCAGCGGAUUUAUCCAGUGCCCCACCACCAGCUUCUUCCAGGGCCUUUCUCCAUUGCUGCUUCUACACCUGUCAGCUCAGAAAGUGGCAGACAGCUGUGCCUGGAUCUCCUCAGAGACAGGUAUCCCGGGAUCCCUAACCCGUAUCAUAAGCCAUCUCUAGGAAGCUAUAGAAUGCCAUUUUCCCAGGCUGAUCUUCUUUGCAGGUAACAUGGGAAGGUCUCAUCGGUAGGUCUCUUCCAUAAGAAGGUCUCUUCCAUAAAGAGAUACAGUGCUGUAGAGGAGUCUGCUAAGAUUCUCUACCCAGGCUCACACGUUGUGGAAAUGUUCUUCUAGGACUUACUGACUCAACCUGUUCUUUGGAGAUAACUUUGAAUACUGCCAAGUCAGACUGAAGCUCGGGUCUUUGAAUCCUCCCUCACCUUCAUCUGUUUUUGCCUGCUGUAGGCUGGUGCUGUCUAUAAGCCGUGGCUCCCUGAACCUCCCAGAGGGUUGUAGAAGAAACGUGCGCCUUACAGUUUAGGCUGAGGGUCCCACAGCCAUGGCCUCGGCAGGUCUGGAGAUCUUGGCCAUGGGCCUGUGCAUCAUUGGCUGGGUGGGGACGAUCCUUGCCUGUGCCCUGCCCAUGUGGAGGGUCUCCGCUUUCAUUGGGAAUAACAUUGUGGUGGCCCAAAUCAUCUGGGAGGGGCUGUGGAUGAAUUGCAUUGUGCAAAGUACAGGUCAGAUGCAGUGCAAGAUCUAUGACUCCAUGCUGGCUUUGUCUCAAGACGUCCAGGCUGCCCGGGCGCUCAUGGUCAUCUCUGUGGUCCUGGCCAUCCUGGCCCUGUUGGUGGGCAUCACGGGGGCCAAGUGCACCAACUGUGUGGAGGAUGAAGGGGCCAAGGCACGCAUCGUCAUCACCUCAGGCGCACUCUUCAUCACCUCGGGAUUGCUCACCCUCAUUCCUGUGUGCUGGUCGGCCAACUCGAUCAUCCGUGACUUUUACAACCCAAUUGUCGUGGAAUCCCUCAAGAGGGAGCUGGGAGCUGCUCUUUAUGUCGGCUGGGCUGCUUCGGCACUGCUGCUUCUCGGAGGGUCUCUUCUGUGCUGCUCUUGCCCUCCACGGGAUGACCGUUACCCGGCCCGCAUUGCAUACUCUAUUCCAGCCAGAUCCACUGCACCUCCAGCUAGUGGCAUUGACAAGCGUGACUAUGUAUGAGCAGCUGUUGUUUGUCAAGCUUGGAAACAUUUUUAAAUGGACUUCAAUUCCCAGAAUCCUUCAGGCAGUGGCAACUGACAUGACCCUAGAAUGGCUGAUGGAUUCUGAGAUUUGUAGUCCUCAGAAGUAAUGUUUCUAGCUCUGGUUGUCUGUGUAGGUGGGUGGUGGUGGUGAGAAAGACUUGCAAGGCAAUGCUAUGCCCAAAUACUCACAGCCAGACCAAGGACUUUUAGCAAUCAGACAAAGACAAUCUGGGUUGGCCUCUGAUAGCAGGCAAUUCUAAAAUGUGUUUGUGCAUGCGUCUGUAUAUAUGUGUGUGAGUGUGUACAUGUCAACACAGGUGCAUAUGUGUGACUCGCGACAAGAAGGAGCUUAGGAACACACAAAUAAACAAAGGGGUAUGUGAAGGAAUUAACAAAUAUUUGUGAAAGAGAUGAGUGUAACAGCAAACAUAAGUGGAAUGAAGAAACAGGAGGCUGAGCAAACCAAAGCAGAAAGAUAGGAAAGCAUCCAGAAAAAUUAAUGGCUAAAUGAGGAAACAGGUGUGGGACUGGGGAAAUACUGGACACUUUUGAACAAGAUUCGCUUAUGAGUGAACUGAUCAAAGAAUAAAUGAAUUUAAAUAUUUCAGAAACAGGAAACGUCACCAGGAUCAGACUAUAUUAUAAACAAGAUUACUUUAAAAACAAAUCAGCAAGAAGAGUUUUGGGCUACGUCAGUGUGAGAGAAAGGGAAGUGGAAUAAAGAGCUGAAGAAAAAGGGAAUUAAAAUGAAGGAAUGGUCUGUGGUUUCUUGUAUGCAGUUGGAUGUAUGGAAGUGAAAGGGCUGCAAGAAGAAACAUGGAGGGAAAAAACUAAACCAAACAUGGCAUAAGGUAUAAAUGAAUCCUGAGGGAAAUGAUAAUCAAAGAGGAGGACAGAAUUUCACAACGAGACUGGUAGAGGAAUGGCAAACGAAAUUGAGGUUUGGGUUUGCUCGGUGAGUACGGGAGGGGGAAGCAGCCAGAGACCCUGACCCUGCCUUGCCUUGGACUGGUGUUCUUUGCUUGCAGGUUAAUAAUUUGCCAGGGAUUUGUCUGUUCCCUGGGGCCUGGGCAAACAAAGGGGGCUGUUAUUCUCUUCUGUUGCUCUCCCGCAUUUACCCCAGGAUGCCUCAGAUAGUGCUAGACAGGAAUGUCUCUCAUGUAUGCCCAGACACUUUAGCCGGGUCCUAGUUGCCCCUGGCUUUGAAGCUGCAGGGUAUGGAAAGCAAAGGCUUUUCAUGGCCUCCCUUUUGUUUCUUCAGGGAUCUCCUGGGAAAAGGGGAAUGAGGAGCUUCCUGAGGUAACUGAACAACUCCCUUAUGAUAAGUGCCCCCUCGCUGUCCUUUUAGAUGGUUCCUUUCCACUGUCAAUGCUAUUUUUCGGAUAAAUAAGUUGAUUUUAAGACAUCUGUGUCAGGUUUUUUUUUGUGAGAGAUGGUGAAAAGGUACUGUGGGAAAUUUGAAAUUGGGGGGGGGGAAUUUAAAGAUAUAAUGAAGAGCACAGGAAAAAUAAGGAAUGAGGACAAGAUGCGAAAGAUAUAAAAAUUUGAUUCAUUCCUAGCAGGAUUAUUGGGAGUCAAGAGUGCAUAUGUACCACAAAUCAUACCAUCUAUCAUAGAUGCCCUUACUCAUUAAAGCUACCUAACCUAGUUCAAAUUAUUCAGGAAGGGCAUUUUGCAUGAGCUCAGGAGCGCUCUUUCUACUGCUGCACACAUGCCUUGCCAUUCAGAAGGGUUUCACAAACCCAUGUGACUUCAGGCUCAAAUGAAGUUCAGCUCCGCGGAAAGGUUAAUGUGCUUGUAAAAUUCUGCAAAUGUGUUAGAAAGUAAUAACUAUUCACUAUUUUAAAAAACAAACAAACCGGUACUGUUCUACCUCAAAUCUGUGCCUCUCAGAUUCUGAAGCUGUGCCCAUAAUUGUGCCCAUAUUUUUUUUAUUGAAAUGGUAAGUGAUUACUUAAUGUAUGUGGAAAAAGCCCAGACAUGCUCAGGGGCAACCUUCUUUUCAGCGAGCUUACCAAUCUAAAGGAAGGAGAGAAAGCCCUCUUAUGAUAAGGAGCAUUGGGAGGUUUGUUUUAAGUUUCUGGAAUUAGCUUCAAGCUAAGCACCCCAGUGAGAAUGGCCCAAAUGGCAGAAACUAUCAUGAGGCAGAGAAAUGCACUAGAAGUGUUUCCAAAAUGGAGGUGCAGGAGUAAACAGUAAAUACACCUCAGAACUGGCACUCCUGAGGAAAGGUGCAUGUAAAAGCACAUGUAGAAUGUGUGUAAACUUAAAAGUAAAAAAGAAUUAAAGAAGAAGAAGGAGUCUUGUGGCCACUUAGAAAAGUAGACCUGAUUCAGGGACAACAACAACAACAAAUGUUUUGUGGAAUCUUUAAUAUUAACAGAUAUAUCUCGGUGAAAGCUUUUAGGGAUUACAGUCCAUUGUCUGAAGGCAUGGAUGGUACAUCACAAAACUCCACUUUGAAAUAAACGUGUUAAUUGAAAAGGUG